AUGCCUUACCUAUCUUCAGGGAAUUUAUGUAAUCAGCAUCAACUGAAUGAUGAAAUUCCUCUAGAUUAUAUUUCUACAGAUAAGACAAAGUGCACAUCUAGUACACAAACAUCUGCUAAACUAUGGGAUUCACUAAUAAAAAAGCGUUUAUCCCACAGUAUAGAUUUUAUGCGUGAAAUGACUUGUCAGAGUUUAAUGAAUGCCUCUUAUUCACCAGGGAAACUGAAUAACGGAAUGCCAAGUUCAUGUCUACUUCGUAAAUAUCAAUAUCCGAAUAAAUUAUAUCGAAUUAGAAGCAGGCGGAGUAUGAAUCGAAAUGAUGACAUGAAAAAAAUACAUCGCAGUGGAAUGCCUUUACAAAAUCACAUGAAAUUAUACAGCAAGCUUAACAAGGAACCAUUUGAACUGCCUAACUCUUAUACAUAUCUAUCAAACUAUGGCAAUCUUUUAAGUGAUAGUGAUGAAUCUCUAACUGUUGAAGAUAUGAAAUAUCCUGUCCCAAUAUCAACAAUUCCUAGUCCAUAUAUACCUUGUGAUAAAGAAACACACUUUCUAAAUAUUCAUUCAGAUGACUUGUAUGCAUCAAAUGUCAAGCAAAACGGUGGCCAAUUCAAUUCACCUUGCGCUUUGAAAGUCGAUGAAUUAGGGAGAAGUAUACCAAGAGUUACAUCAGAUGAAUUAAUCAUCAUACAGUGUGAUAAGUUAGCUGAAAACCUUUCUGUAAAUUGUAUGUGUAAUCGAAGUGAAUCGCCUAAUUCUUUAUGUGUUUCGCAGGGGAAUUUUACAAGCCUACACGACAAUCUUAAAACGAAUUGUCACAGGAGCAGUACAAAGUUAAAUGAAGCCAGUACCUUUCAUAAGAAUGGCAAAAUACAACCGAGUUUAUAUGAAGGUGAAAAAGACAGAAACUGUAGUAAAAUUCUACAAAAACAUCAAUUGAAACCAGUCAAAAACACAUCGACUAAAAGGACUCCUUUGACAAAAUCACCGACGGAUGCAUUUCAGCGUAGUGAGUUAACGAACGUUCAUACAUAUGAUGCUUACGUGAAAUGUAAAUCGUCCACUGAACUGAAGAAACAAGAGAAAAUGGGUGCGAAAAAGUGUUCAGCGUCUAAAAAUUUAAUUCAUCCAUCAUCUACACCAUCCCAUCAUCAUUAUCACUCCUUAGCGUGUCAACCGAAGCGAUCGAAUUCCAAGUACUCACAUCAUGCAGACAAACAAAAACAGCAUAGAAAUAUACAAAAGAAAUCAAGUAACACUAGGUCUGUUAGUAAGCGUGAUUCACGAAGCCUAAAUAGGCAUCAGCGACUAUCCUCCUCUCAUGAACAUCGUGUUUGUUUAAGUCAAAAUAAAAAGCGACAUCAUUCAUUACCACCUGUGGAACAGAAAAGAUAUAACACUGCCUUUCUAACAAAGAAACAAAUUCUUGAAGCAAGUAUCUCUCCAGACGUCUAUGUAAUGCUUGCAGCAGAAAAUCGUUACUCCCUUAUAAGUCAUUAUAUUCAACACAGUCAGGAAUAUAUAUCGGAUUUACCCGCUGUUUCUUCUGUAUUCCUUCCAUUAAUUAAUCGUAAUUAUCCUCCUACUACUACUAGUAAUAACCUUCAUCAUCAUUUAAAUAAACCGCUUGAAUUAAAACAAGGCUGUGUUCAAUAUUCAUUUGAACAACCAACCAAUAUUGAUUCAUUUGACAAUGAUGAUAUCUCUAUACUUAUAUUACCAAUAAUCAUAGUGAAAUAUAGUUUGCAGACAUUUAUGUUUCAAUCAAUUGAAAAUAUUCAAAUUCUUGAUGCCUCAGUCGACAUUAAUCAACUAUAUUCGCGUUGUAUGCCAGUAAUACCGUUUAUCAGGAAACGAUUGACCACCUCGGUCAACAGUUUGCUGCUUAGUCAUUAUCAACAACCAAUCAGAAGCUUAGUUUAUUAUUCUCCAGUGAAUUAUAAACUCAGGGAUAACUGGACCGGUGAUAGAAAUGCUUUACACUGUAAUCUGAGUGAAUUAAUUCAAUCCAAUCUUAUUUGGAUAAUGCUUCGAUGUGAAAAAGUCAUUAAUCAAUCGCAUAUGUAUCAACUUAUAACUUCUAUGUGCCUGAAUAAUUCGUAUCUAAUGCAAAUACCAAUUGAGUGUUUAGACCAUUACCAAAAUGUUAGUGAUAUUGAAAAAUUGGACUCAGAUAUCUUAUCUGAAGGCAUAAAAGAGCAUGAAGGUGACAAUACUCCCCCUCCUUCUCCUCCUCCUGCUCCUUCGACUAUGACCAGUACUACUCUAGCCCCAAGAACAGUAUUAGAGCAUCAUUCAUACGGAUUGUCUUCAUCAGCAUCAGCAUCAUCGUGUAGCAGAGUACACACGCUGCGUCAUAAAAAUCCAGCCUCAUUUUGUACAAAAAUAGCAAAUUUUCUAUUUUGUUAUAGUGGGAAUUUCUCUUCAGGAUCGUCUAUAUCUUAUACAUAUUAUAAUAGUGAUCUUUCAUUAUAUGAUUCUGAUGAUUUCCUAAAUAAUUCAAAAAGUGAUUUUAUCUACUUAUUAGUUAAUGAGUAG